AUGGCCUCUGCCACUGCCCGUUGGGAGUCCGCCGCCUCUGCCCAUCCUUCGAGAUCCUCUAAUAUGGACAAGAUGCUGGGGUUGGAGCGCAAGUGCAAGAUGGAACGGCUUCAUCAGACACCGUUGAUGAAUCCUCUGUCGCAGAACCCUCCGUCACCAUAUGAGCAAUCUCACCUGCAACCGCUUCAGCAACGCACUAGCACCAUGCCUCCGCCUCCACGCGCUCCUUUGCAGGCCCGCCGAAGAGAUUCGUCCGUCCCUUGCGACCUCCUCGCCACUGCCUCGAAUUCUCAAACUAAUGAGGUCGUUGGCUUGUCCAUCACUGUUCCUCCGCCACCCAACCGCAACACGCCUCAGAUCGAGCGAAAGGCUGAAUCACGGCCUCAGGCCAAGGUUGAACCUGUACCCACAGUCGAGGCACCACUGACGCCCCUCAAGUCGUCUAGCAAGACUGUUACCUUCAUGCCGGGUGAGAAGGAUGAGGGAAAAGACGACGCCUCCUCCAUCUGCCAGUCUCCCAGCUGGGAAGGCUAUGGGCAGCGCAAGAAGGAAAAGAAGGACGAGGCCAAGCAGCGACGCAAGGACGAGAAACAGGCUGAAAAGGACAAUAAAGACGCAAAGAGGAAGUCCACCACACGCCUGACCAAAGCCCCUCCUACACCGAGCCACCCGCCCAUCACCGAGAGAUCUUACUCGAGUCCUGCCUUGACAACACAAAAGCACACUCGUCGCUCCAGCUCCCAAGAACCAACGCCACCGCUGUCUGCUCGCCCUAAACAUGGCAGGUCACGGUCUAGUUCUGUGACGUCUCAGCUCCGUCUUGCCCUAACCGGUAAUUGGGGCAAGGAGAAAGAAUCUGGUUUCGUCGGAGGUCUCAAGUUGGAUCAAGAGAGGGAAGCCGCCGAUCGUCCUGCUGAUGGCCACAGCACACAGGCGGUUCAGAAGUCGUCACGCAGUUCGUCUCGUGACACCAGGUUCAACUUGAGUUUACCCAAGGCCCACUCUUUUGGAACAGGAUCGCGAGCCUCGAGCCAGACGCGCCCCGGACUGCCCCGCCAGAUGUCCGCUGAUGGACAGUCAAAUGUCCACCCACUCCUCCGCCGAAAGGGCGCUUCACCCAUUUCCAUACGCUCAUCAUCCCGGUCUGAGAUUCUCAUCUCGCCUACUGCACCACCGAUGCCUGGACUGAAGACACUUGAGCAAUGGAGGACCCGUCCGAAGCCCAAAGCGCCUGAACAGGAGCCCAUGACGCCUGAGGAGGCACUUAAGGCGUCCGCGCAAGAACUUAUCAAGGCCAAAGCAGAGGAAGCUGGGCUCGCUAUUGGCAGCCCUGACACGGAGGAGCCGAGGCGAGGACGUCAAUUUGCGAACUACGUCCGUCGUUCACGAUGGCAGAGUUCAGAGCGGGCGGGCUCUGUGGUGGUGGAAGAAGGUCGCACAUCAGCACGGUCCCAUUACCCGCCUCAAGCGAAUCGUCAACAUCACAGCCGUGCAUAUUCGCUAGCUACGGAUCGAGUCUCAACGACCCAGGGUUCUUCUACCCCACGGACUAACCUCUCCGGUGAGUCUCGUACACCCGGAGACAGCACCCCUGAGGUAAACCGCCUCGGCGACCGCUCGACUUCGACCGAUAGGUUACCAAUCACCCCUUCACUGGGCCCUAAUGGGUUUAAAAGUGCCAUGCAGGCCGCUCUAGCCAAGGUCAGACCGACAUCCAGACCACCUACCGCGGCGUACUUUGACCGCCCUCGCCGUGACGCCUCGACGCCCGAUUCCAGAGCUACAUCUCGAACAUCCAAUCGCGACCGGCUGUCGCACAUGCCAAAAGCAGCCCGUGUCCUAGGCGAGUACAAUGAAGAAACCAUGAGGGGACAUGAUUCCGCGCGACCCUCGUCGGCGUCUUCUUCUUUCUAUGCCGAUUCGAUUCACUCGCCAUCCUCAGUAACGACGCCGAGUUCUUCACGCCCCCAAUCGCACAAGGGUUUUCCUGUUAUGGUUGGCGAGGUUAGUCAGGGUGCGACGGGUCACUUUCUUGUGACCGACGACGAGAGAUCAUGCCAGCAGUCGCAGCGUGGCACAAUGACCUCGGCAUCGAGCCCAAUGACCCCGAGAAGUGUCCUUCCAGGGCUCACUCAGAUAGUCCAAAAGGACAAUGCAGGAGAGUCCGACCUGGAGCAAUUCGUGCGUGAGAGUUGGGAUAAGACGUUGAAGCACGCAGAAAACGAUGUCGAGUCAUUCACGACUUGCCUGACACCACAAGAAGCAGACGAAUCCAAAUCUUUGGUCUGCCCUCCUAUGUCUGGCUCUCAUGAUCAGGUAGAGCCCAAAGAGGAGAGAACUCAGCUCGAAACGGCUGCGAACACCCUCGCCCGAGCGCCGAGCUUGUCUAAGAGCCAGUCAAGCCCCAACGUCGCCAAAGCCGGACUCGGCCCGGACCCGGCCCCAGUACCACCUCCGCGAUCCAACGCACGUACCAGCCCUACCGUGGGACACACUUCCUCCGUAUCCCUGCCGGAUGCACUGACAAUGACAUUCGGUCCGUAUCGCACGACCGACCCUGCCGUGCCGCGCCCCUUGCGCAGCCCCCGCAUGCCCGGGUCCCCCUUGGCAAAGAUGCUCGUCGAGUGCUGCCAGUGUCGGUUCUUCCACGACAUGCCGAGCCGGGUGUACGAGUGCAUGGCGCGCCCCGACGCCACUGCCGAAGACUCAGCUCUCGGUGUCAGCGGCUCUAUCACGACGUCAGUCAACUGCCCCUGGUGUAAACAUGGCAUGACUACAGGAUGUUGCAGGGGCUAUGCGGCCGAGGUGUAUCUCAAGCAGAGGCUGCACUAG